UCAGCGUGUCCCAGAUGAUGAUUAUUUGCCAGCACCCGGUGAUCGCCGAGUAUCUCCGAUGGGGAAGAGACCUCUCUUGCACACUGCUUUGUAUGGUUGUGCAGAGCAGAGCCAUACAAAGCAGAUUGCUUACAGUUAAGCACACACACAGCCCCCAUAGUGAAACAGCACACAGUUAACCCUGUGAUCGCCCCAGAUGUUAACCUCUUCAUGCCCAGUGCCAUUAGUACAGUGUCAGUGCUUUUUAUUAGCACUAAUCACUGUAUUUGUGUCACUGGGGAUGCCAGUGACACUAAGUCAGUUCCCUCCAGUGUCAGAAUGCCCACCGCAGUCCCGCUAUAA